AUGGCAGCAGCGAUUGGCUCCGUCAGCGGCGACGUUGGUGGCGUGGCUCCGUCAGCGGCGACGUUGGUGGCGGUGAGAGCGCAGGCGGCGAUGGCAGCAGCGAUUGGCUCCGUCAGCGGCGACGUUGGUGGCGUGGCUCCGUCAGCGGCGACGUUGGUGGCGGUGAGAGCGCAGGCGGCGAUGGCAGCAGCGAUUGGCUCCGUCAGCGGCGACGUUGGUGGCGUGGCUCCGUCAGCGGCGACGUUGGUGGCGGUGAGAGCGCAGGCGGCGAUGGCAGCAGCGAUUGGCUCCGUCAGCGGCGACGUUGGUGGCGGUGAGAGCGCAGGCGGCGAUGGCUGCAGCGAUGAAAACCUGAUGCAAUUCAGGCCACUGCAGCGCAAGAAACAAAGCGUCAACGAAAAGCUCAGUACCGCAACGGGACCUCCGAUGAAGCUUGAACCUGACGUGAAGAGACGCAAAACCAGCUAA